AUGAGUAUUCCACAGUAUACUCACCUUUCCAGCUUCAUUAACUCCAUCGAUAGCACCUUUCAAGGACGAAUCUCCUCUAGAGCGCUAGUUAAUUCAUCUGCUGGUGACAGUCGUAGUUUCACUCAAAAACUCACAGGAUUCACCGUCAGAAGUGAGAAAAAAACAUUGCCCUUGGUCUCCAAGGACAUCAUGGGCUUACAACCUGAAGCAAUGGCUGGGUCACGACCAGAAGACAUCAUAAAUGCUGUGUUUGGACAUGUCAAUGAUGGCUAUAAAUUCAUUGAGGAGCAGACACUCACUUUUAAUGAUCAGCAUUACACCUCUGACCCCAGCCUCUCCGACCAGUGUUUUUGCCUGGUUUAUGUCAUAGCCGCAGAUACAAUCCAACUCACAGAUGAGCGACUUAUUGACAAGCUGAAGAUCGUCCGCCAGAAAAUCAGUGAUAAGGGUAAAACUGACUCCAGAAUGUUAUGAUUUUCAUUAAUGAGCCUAUUGAACGUGGAUCAGUUAUAUAAAGGGCUGGGCAACUUCGGUCCUUGAGGGCCACUGUCCUGCAGAGUUUAGCUUUAACCCUAA